AUGCCAAAAAUCAAGCCGAAGAACCACCACCAGAAACUAAGCAAAAAACACUCGAUCGAAAAGAAGAUAGGUCAACACAACCAAAAGAUGCGAAGACUCGCCAAAAAGUUCCCAGAAAUUCGUCGUAAGAUCAAGACCGACCCAGGAGUGCCUCAUCUGUGCGCUUUGAAGGAACAACUCGUCGAGAAGUACGAAAACGCUUUGAAGAGAAAAGUCGAAGCUAAGGAACAAGCGCGUGAGGCAGCUAAAGCAAAGAAAUUGGCGGCAAAGGGUGUGACGCCUGCCACUAAUAACACAGAAAAAAAAUAA